AUGAAAAAAAACAACAUAACAAACAAGGAGGAGGCGAACAGUCCAGCCGAAGGGGAACUGCAAAUAUGCCAAGGGGAGUUGCAGAUAAGUGAAGGAUGGAGACAAGUGAGUCAGGGGAAACGACAGAUAAGUGCAGGGAGGCAACAAAUAAGUGAGGGCAAACGGCAAAUAAAUGAGGGCAAACGGCAAAUAAAUGAGGGCAAACGACAGAUAAGUGAAGGCCGGAGGAAAAUAAUAGAGGGGAAGCAGUCACUAGGUGUGCUGGACAAAGCUGCAGCUGGGACAAAUGACCAAAGUGACAACAGCCCCAAUUGGAAGACAGACACAGGAGAGGAUUGUUCCUUGGCUGACACGCCCAAAGGAGACAAUAGGAGUAAUAAAAAAAGGGAUGAUGUAGGAGGGAACGUUUUAAGUGCCGCAAAUGAGGAGAGAAGCCCGGAUGGAGCGGAGGGGGAAGCCAAGGGGUUAAUAUUUCCAUCAGACAUCAAGUUAAUAUACGGAAGCAUAACCACAACGGACAAAAAUAAAACUCCCCAUGUACAGAAAAAGGUCACCGCACUGCUUAGCAAAAACUUAUAUGACGUAGUAUUGCUUUAUUACGAAAUGCACUUUUAUAAUAAUAUUGAUUCGUUCCAAGUGGAUGUGAACGUGUAUGAAAUAUACAAUGAUUUGAUUUGCCUCAUAGAUGAGCUCUACAGUAUGUAUAUUAUUGACUCAGAGAAGAAGAAGAACAGCUGCUGGAUGUACGAGGGUAUGGCGGAAAGGUACCUUAGUAUGGAGUUGUCUGGGGGGUGCACAGAGAGGACUCAGGAGGAGCUGUUGCAGGAGUACUACAUUUUAAAGGGGGACAGAAACAUCCUGUUCAUAAAUUUCAAGCUCAUGAAGAUGGUGUAUUUGUCCGCCGUGUUCGACUUGGAGUUUUUUGGCGACGUGUGCGAAGAGAGCGUUUUCCUUUCGGAUGGCGGCCCCAUUAGCGCAGAUAGGGCAGGUAUCGGACAGAGCCCAAGUAGCGGCGUUGGGUGUGGCGUUGGGUGUGGCGUCGACCUUUGCUGCGUCAACUGCGGUGGGUCUGUCACCCCUGCCCACAGCAGCGACGGGUCUAGUGGAUCACCAGACAGAGCAAUCGAGGCCCCCAGGCAUGAUAACCGAGGUGACAAGAAAAAGAGUAAUAAGAAAAAAGGCAUAUCAAAAAGGGCGGACAGGAGAAGCGACAGGAGGGAAAUCCCGAGCCCUGUGUUGAAGUCGGAAGUGCUGCGGUACCAUGAUAGGAUGAGUACGGGAGGAGCGGCGGGGCGGGAGGAACAGUCAGAGGAAAUCUGCCCUGUUGAGGAAGCCCCCCCUUUUGAGGAACCCCCUGCUUUUGAGGAAGCCUACAUUCGAGAAGACCAAAAAUUGUGCUACCGCAUUUUGUGUGACGAGCAGCCGUACAAGGCCCUGCUGAUAAAAGACGAGCUCAACCUGAGUUCGUCGGACGAGGUCGAGAGUUACCCUGGGGGGUCCAGCACACCCAUAAAGGAAGUCGUCACCUCUUCAAGUGCGUCGAGGGGUGUACUACAAAACGAGGCUACGGCGCUGAGUGUGGAUAGUAGUGACAACGAGAAGGAUAGCGUCUCGCAGGAGAGACACAGUCGCGUGUACACCAAGUCGAAACGGAACAAAGGGAUUCUGUCGUACGCAUCUCCGCAUGAAAAGUCCAUCAGUAUCCCCAAAGAUAUCCUCAACAUAACGUCCUUAUUAAGUACCCCCAUUUUGUCAAUGAGCAAUAUAAAGAGCUUAAAUCAAGUGAAUUUUUCAUACGGCCACAGUAGCACGAAGAAGGAUCUGUACAAUUAUUGUUACGCUUACUUAGUGAGCAUACACAAUGGCUAUGACGUGAUCCCCAUGGAGGGAUAUAAAUUCAGACCCAUUAUAAUUGAUGGAGCAAAUGUUUCUGCCAAGGUCAUACAUCAUAAUAACAUUUCAAAUGUGGUAGAUACAGAUAUGUCCAUAAUAUAUGAUUGCUUUUUAUUACAUGAGGCAUAUGUUUUUUUUAAAAGAAAAAAAGUCGAUGAUAUAAUUAUUGUUUUAAACCCUGUGACGAAGAAGGGGGAGGAGUACUUCUUGGGGAAUAAAAAGGUGUGUAAUUAUUCCUACUUGGAAAAUUUAAUAAAGCAGAAUGCCAUAUUGAUUUGCAACGAGAAGUAUUACCACAGUUACAAGGGGGACGUGGUGAAACGGCGCACGUACGACGACGUGCUGAUCCUGGAGCUGGCCUCGCAUAGAAACGGAUGCGUCAUCUCCAACGACAACUACACGGACAUCGAGGCAGACACCGCAUGCGAGGAAAUAAAGCACGUGAUCGCGCACUACGUGGUGAAGCAUCAUUACGACAAGCACAAUGGAUUCGGCUUGGACAUGACCAAGAAGCCUUUGAAAUUUGUCCUGAAUUCGCUUUUCCAAAAAAUGAAUUAA